GUCCACGUCCCCGUGGUGUCCGAGUCCUACCGGCUGCGAUGUGUUACGCGCCCCUGCUUUAGAAAAAAACAGAGAAGGAAAACUUCAUAGAAAUGGCGGAGGGUGCACCGACUCUCAAAGGCUUGCGAGCCCAAAUCGCUGCAGCUGCACAGGCACAAGCCGAGGAGCGGCGUAGCCUGGCAGGAAAUAGUCCAGGACCUACAACCAACACACCAGCUAAACCUCAGGGGUGUAGGCCAGUCAUUGACGGUGCCACACUUAGAAUAGACGACCGACUGCGAGUGGCAAAAGAGAGGCGAGAGGAGGCAGGAAGACAACAGGCUUUGCGAGAGUCUCAGAUCAUGGAGCGGGAGCGCAAGGCCAAGCUGCAAGUGGAGCGUCAGAUGGAGGAGCGUCAGAAAAAGGUUGAGGAACAGCGAAGGAAGGAGGAGCAGAAACGCCUGGCUGUGGAGGAGAAGAGGAAGCUGAAACAGGAAGAGGAAAAGGAGCACUACGAGGCAGUCAUGCGGCGGACAUUGGAGCGUAGUCAGCGAGUAGAGCAGAGGCAGAAAAGAUGGUCUUGGGGAGGACUGUCCACAGACUCAGAUGGACGAACAGGAGACUCUGAUGCCAGCGCCUCAUCUCCAGUAACUAUAGUUAUCUCCCCUGCCUCGCCAGAAAAGCCACCAAGGAGUCGACAAGUGGACAAGCGUUCCACAUCCACCAUGAACCUGAAACAGCCGUCUGAGGCUGGCAUCAGCAAACGCCUAUCCUCUUCCUCUGCCACCCUCAUCAAAUCUCCUGACAAAAGUGUUAAGCCGAGGAGUUCAUCUUGUAACCGGUUGCCUAGCAAUGGCAAUGCUGCUCAGGCCAGUAAGGAAGACGGCAAAAAACUUGUGGAACAGACAGGCUGUUCUGUGAAGAAGAGAAGCUCCUCCCUCACUCGAGUAAGUGUGGGCAGAGCACAGACCCCUGCCAAGCCUGAUAAGGGGACAACGGAUGAUCAAGCUCGCAGGCCACCGGCCAGCACUGUGGACGGAGGGGUCCUUAGUCGCCUGCUCACCCCCACCCAGGCCUCACUAGCUAGGAGCAAGAGUGCCGCCGCCCUUUCCGCUGAAGGAACAGAUGCUCCAGAGUGUCACCUGUGUCCUCGCUCAGCCUCUGCCAGUCCCCUGCACCCACCGCGCGGACCUGUGCGCAGCCGUAGCAUUGACCGACAGAAGAGCGGUAUGACCACCUCUGUUUCAGCUGACGGAGCCCUCGACCCUUCACUGGUGGAACUACAGAAGGAAAAGCCGUUAACAUCGCCCGGGGGGCAACGUCCUGCCUCCCCAUCCACUACCCUGGGACGCAACCGCUCACCAUCCCCAGCCCCCAAUCCAGCUCCAAAGAGGACUCCCUCCCCAGCAGCAGCUAAGCAAAGUCCCAAGACACGCCCACCCUCACCUGGUGCAAUGAAACAACGUCCCCCAUCCCCCCAGCCUUCAUCAGCGAAACCCCCACCCAUCCAGAAACAAGCUCUCACUCCAACAGGGCCCCCCACUCUGCGAAAGAGAGACUCCAAGUCCAAGGAUAUGUUUCCUGUCCAGGCUGUGGCCCCACAGUCCUCUGACGCCAGCAAGACCAAAGAGAAAGAUGACUCUAAGGCCUCAACGGGCACCAACUCAGCUGCUGAGGCAGCCAAGAUCCUGGCGGAGAAUCGCAGACUGAUGCGAGAGCAGAAAGAGAAAGAGGAGCAGCUCAGGAUACAGAGGGAGGAAGAGGAGAAGCUGAGAAUGGAAGAAGAAAAGCGUUUAGCGGAAGAGGCUCGACUGAAACGCUUGGAGGAGGAGAAGAAGCUUGCAGAGGAGAGAAAACUCAAAGAAGAAGAGGACGCUCGCCUGGCAGAGGAGGAGCGGGUGAGGCUGGCAGAAGAGGAGGCACUGAAACAGGCUGAGCUCCAGAAGGAACGGGAGGAGGCUGAAGCCAAGGCUCAGGAGGAGGCGGAAAGAGUCCGUCAGGAGAGAGAGCGCAUCAUGCAGCAGAACCAGCAAGAACGAAUGGAGAGGAAGAAAAGAAUUGAAGAAAUUAUGAAGAGAACUAGAAGAGGGGACCCGAAUGACUUGAAGCGAGAUGACGAUAAAUGCUCACAGGAGAAUGAAGAUGAGGCAGAGGACCAGAUAAACUGUGAAACCAACGCUGAGACAGAUUACAUCACCAUGGAGGCCGACGAAGAUGAGUGCGGUCCGUCCUCUGGCGAGCCGGUGAAACAACGAGAGGAGCCCCUGGGCAGUGUCAAUGGAAAACCAGAGACCGACGACAAGGAGAAUAACAAUGGCAUAAGUACAGAUGAGACUCAGGCAGUAAGUCCACUCCCUAAAGGCCGCCUCGUCGAGGGCUCAGAGUUCCUGAAUGAGCAGGACUCUGCCAAAGUCGGGUUGGUCUCGGGUCUGAAUGGUAAAUCCAACCAGUGGAGCUUUGAGGAACUCAUUGACCUCAACGUCCACGCUAAGACUCGGCCCCUCAUCGAGGCAGAGGACUGUAACCAGGUCUUGAUCAACUGUGACGGGAGCUCAGAUGGGACCAGGGUAGCCUUCGAGGACAAGGGAACCCCCGUCAGCACCCUGCAUUCCUCUAAUCAACCCAUAGAAGCCCUUUCAGAGAUUUGAUUCUGCAGCUGUCGCUGAGAAGCCUCUCACUGUUGCACUCCUAAAGUUCCUGUCCAGCUGAGCUCCUUUAAAACAAAACAACAAAAAAAAGUCCUCUACCAGUUCCAAACAGCCUCCUCCUCUUUGUCCUCCUCCUCUUCCAGAGGGAGGAGCACAAGGUGAAGCGGAAAGAGCACCCUAAGUGCUACAUUUGCACCCCACAUGAUGAGGAAACAAAUAUAUUAAAAAAUGUUAUUCUUCAGGGAAAUUCCAUAUAUUCCUUCAACAUAAUUACUUCAGGUCUCUUUCCUCUUCCUCUUGUGUUUAGUUCUUCUCCUGAUGUUUUUUUUUUUUUUUUUUUUUUUCUAUGUUGUGUCCAUUUUUGAUGAUGUUUUUUAAGAGCUUUGUCUUUGUCAGGGGUGCAUUGUUGUAAUUUAUUAAUUUUGGCUUCUUUGUUAUUGUAAUUAUUGUUAUCAUACGUUUAUUUUUUUUUCUCUCUCUCUCUCUCUCUUCUAUGAGAAUAUUCCAGGACACAUGCACAUUAGGCUGUGUGAACUGAAUACUGAGGUAAAUAUCCUGAGUUAAUGGAAGGAACGUUAAUACAUUCUGUUCUGUCAGGGCUCGGGGAGGAUAGCAUCCCAGGAUUUGCAUGUGAUUCAUCUAAAUUUACUUGACCGGCUGUUUUUUGCAGCAUCAAGCAAUAUGGCCUUAACAUUUUUUCCCAGCUUCUAAUUUUUAAGUGUGAAUAUACCAAAUUGUUUGUGCUGCAGCUCAUAGACGCACAGUUUAGCAGUGUCCCAUCAUGCGCUUACAGUUGGGAGUGGAUUCUGUAUUCAUGCUACACCUCACAGAUCUCUGUCCUUUUACUUGCUUUUUUUUUUUUUUUUUCAUGCCCCAAAAACACACCUGUUUCCCAGCUUCUCUAUCCUCAAGUUUCCUUCUUUGGCCACUAGAGAGAUUCAGGAGCAUAAGUGUUACACGUGAUGCUGACGACUGUUGAGAUUAACGACAGUACUAUAGUGAAUUCACGUGCUUGGUGAAGUUUCAGCAGUUUGUUGAUUUAGAGCUCAUGGUCCAUUUGAGUUUUAUUUUUUACAAAUGUAUAUAGAAUGUAGGUUUACUAACAUCAUUGUAGUUUACCUCAGAAUCUGAGUUGCAUCCAGAUUUAGUCUCAUCUGAAGUGAUGGCUUCACCAACUGCAUCUGUUUCACUCAACUGUUUGAAUAACCAUAACUGUGACAUACUAACUUAACACAGAUGAGUCCCUUAGUUUCAUUUAUAGCUGCUUAUGAGCUUCUUAAGGCGAAAUGUGUUUUCUUAGUGAACUGAACUCGAAUGGUUGGCUGUUCCAUCAUUGACGUCCUGAGUUCACUUUUACUGACACUAGAAAUCAGGUUUUCAAUCAUCUGGUUUUAAUUCGGACUUUACCAACACGCCCACACACACACACUUCUCCAUCCAUCCCUCUGCCUGUGUGGCUCUGUCAUUAAUUCCACUUCUUUCCCCACUAACCUUAAAUUUCUAUCACACUAGCUGCUGCAUCUGACAAAAUGCAUUUCAACUAUUUUUUAUUAUACAAAAUUUGGCUGUUUGUUUAUAUAUGAAAAUACAUUUCUACAUAUAUUUAAGUGUUAUUGUAUUGUGUAUAUAAUCAGUAUUAGGCAAAUGAAGCCAUGUUUAGGAGGGAGUGGUGUCAGGAUGUGGAUAAUUGAAGUCUCUGUGUAUGUGUAUGUGCUAUAAGUUUAAGGUUUCUGUUGACACGUGCCCUGUUACAGGGUAGUAAGGUUAGGUUUGGGCAGCCUGGAAAGCCAACAUUUACAUAAAGCCCUCUUCCACAAGAGCUCUGCAAAACAAGGGGCCAAGUGGGGACCUACUAUAUCUUUCUCAAAAUGUGGUGUGUGUAAUUCUGUGUGUAUAUUUGAGAGCUUUCAGUGCUAUAUCCCCAAGCCCUAGUUUCGAUUUCAAUAUUUCCUCACAAAGACUGAACAAGUUGACAUUUUAAUGGCGAGCAGAGCUCUUGCAGCCCUUAGCAACACGUCUGACCCAUGAAAACAGCCGUGGCUGUGCCUCACAGUCCUUUUAAUGUCAUCAAAAUAUGUUUUAUAUCAUGUCAACGGAUGUGGGGUUGUUGCUCUGGUAGACAUAUCAGCUCAGUUUGCAACCAUUCUCCUUGGCAUUAUGAGGCAGGGCACAUCCACUAAAAAAAAAUAUGGCAUGGGGCAGACUUGUUCUCCCAUAUUGUUUUUUUGUUUUUGUUUUUUUGUUCUGGAUUUUUUAAUGAACUGUAUCGAAAUCUUGAAAUUCCCUACGCUUGAAUAGUCCAAGCACAAGGUUCGUGGGCCUUGAUUUUUGCCUUGUUCUUUGCUGGCUAACUAAAAUCUCUUUGUACAUAAAGACCAGGGGCUUGUAGAUCUUAGCUUUGAUUAAUAAGCUCAAAGAAUGUAACAGACUCCAUAAACCGUCCUUCAUUAUUUACUAUGUCUCUCAAAGCUGCCCGCUUUUAGCUUUCAUUAUUACAUUAUUCAGCUAGAAAACACGAGAAAACUAUUUGCACUGUCACAAAUUACUCGCUAUGUUUAAAGAGUGGUUACUGAAGAGUAGCUUUACUGUACAGACUUUGUACAGAGUUGUUGUGGGAUAUUCUGCAAGAAAAGAAAGUCACUUGUCUUGGGUUUGUUCCCUUUCAGAUGUUUUAAAACUCUCAUUCAUAACCCAAAACUUGCCUAUACCCAAACUCCGCCCAAACCUUUCCUACUCCCCUUUCCGCUCAUGAGAAGCACCUGUUGGGGGGGCUGUUGUAGCUGCUGCUUGAACAGAUACUGUAUCUAUUCCAGGUCCUGCUGCAUCUUUGAGGGCUUGAGUUACAGAGCUGACUUGCUCUUAGUCCUCAACGUUGUCUAUAACAAUAGGAUAGAACGGUGCCUUAGAUUGAGAUUUAGUAUUUUUAUUGUGUCACAGUUAACUAAGAAAGCUUGUCUUUACCUCAGCCUCGACAAUCAGUGUACCCAACCAGGGCAAAAGUGUGAAUAUGAAUAUUUCUCUGAAAGAUUUACAAACCUAACAAUGCCCUGUCCACAAUUAAAAUUUGUACUGUAAAUAUAUCUAAAGUGUACUGAGAUGAUGCAAACUGUUAAAACAAUAAAGUCUUGCAAAAAUA